UCUCCCUCACCAAAGCUACAAGGCCGCGAGCUAGCGCGCGCCCGCCUCCUCUCGUCACUUCGGCGCGCAGCCCCCCCCCCCCACCGCCCCAAAGCUGCGACGGGGCUGAACCCGCGCGCCCCUUUCGGAUAGGAGGCUUGCCAGGCCUGGACGCCGCAGGCUCCCCAUCAAGGAAAGGGCGGCUGGCGGAAAAGAAGCGCGUUUCGGGCGCGCGCAGCAGCCUCCGCGCCUCUCCAAGGCGGCCAUUGGCUGCGCUUUGUUUGCGCCCCAGCUGCUUCCAAGCGUCUCCAUUUCCAGAGGCGGCCCCGGCGAGGCGCGCAUGCUCCCGCGUUGCUGGCGGACGAGGGCCGGAGGCCGGAGAGGGCGCAGGGCGGCGUCCGGAGCUUGGCGGGGGUCCCUUUUCGGGUUAAAAGACUCACGUUUGAGGCACUGAAGGAAAAGAAACCUGAUUUAUAGAUGGCCUUGGAGGUAGAAAAAUCUCCUUUUGAGGCAUCAUUGAGUGCGAAGGCCAAAUGCUAUGGGAGGUGGAACUACCAAGAACUCGAGACGGUCCACUCUGAACUACUUAGCAAGGUUUGCCAGCCUUCAGCUGUGGAAGAAGAAGAGCCUUUGCCCAAAGAAACGGGGAUUGGAGAGCUCAAGGCCAUAGAGAAAGCUGGCCAUACAUUUCCUGGCAUUUUCCGGAGAACUGAAAAAUGUGAUAAGAUAUCUUCAAUGGCUUCGAACAACUUUUGCAAGAUGAAAGGAAAAGGAAAGUAUGUGGAGAGACGGCCGCUCAUCAGUAGGACCACUUUUGGUAGUGAAGUAGCUCCCAGUUUAAGCAGAGGUGGUCUGUUUCCGGAAGAACAACAGGUGACUUCAGCAGAAGACUCUGAUUCCGCAGACCCGCUUCAUGGGUUGCUGGAAAUCACAACCAAAGCUAUGGACUCAACAUUUUACAGCCCUACCACCAAACCCCUCUAUAGCCUUGAUGCCAAUGGGAGGAGCCAGGUGACAGUUGCGCCUUAUUCAUCCACUCCCAAACACCUGCCAGGUAAAAUAAACCAUCGUUUUGAUACCAUGACACCUGCAUUCCCUCGAACUAGCUUCACCUUACAGCCUUCAGAAGACUCCGGUUUUGAUCAGCAAGGGAUGGCGAGAUCAAAGAGCUUUUUAGGGGCUGGGGCUCUUUCAUUGUCACCCGAAACAUCUACUCCUUGGCAGCUGCAUAGUCUACCUGACCCUUCAGGAAACCACAUGCUGGGCGCACACGGGCACGUAGCUUUGGAUAGCUCCCCGACAGUGGGUCACAUGAGAAAGAUGUCCUCCUUCCAGGUGGACUACUGGGCUUGUGCCAUACCCGAUUGCCUGCCCCCAUCGCCAGACCGUCAGUCGCCCCAUUGGGACCCUAAUAAAGAAUAUGAGGACUUGCUUGAUUACACCUAUCCUUUGAGGCCGAAACACAAGCUUACAAAGAACCCCAGAGAGCCUUCUGUCCACGAUUCUGGGGUUGACCUCAAUAGCCUUUCCAUUUCUCCCGAGAGUACCUUGAAGUCCAUGAACCUGCAGGGCCGGGAACCUCUGGCUGUGGAGAUCCCACACUCAGAGAGCUUUCCAACCCCUUUAUUGGAAAAGUCAGAAUGCCCCGUUCCAGUUUCUCACUACAGACUCUCACCUGUUGGGAAAGUGUCCUUUUCUGGUGGUGUUCCCUCUCAUGGGAGAACUCGCAUCUCUGGAGAGAUGGCGCAUGGCUUGUCUCCUGUGCGCCCUCGACCAGCUCCAUUUGAUUCGUGCAGCUUGGAUGAAAGAGUCUGGGACACAAGGGGAUAUGGCUGCCUUACAAAGAGAGAUGCUGUCAGUAGCAACUUCAUACGCUCCACAAGGGUGCUGCCUUUACAAAAUGGGAGUUCUAGCGAUGAAGAGUAUCUCUCCUUACCACCCAGGCUCAAGGAGUUAGAGACAUUGGCUCAGCAGCUGACUGAUCUUUCCCUGAUCAUAAAGAACCCUGAACAUUUUCCAUACGCCGAUGUGAAUGGAGAACAGCUUCCACUGGAGGUUCAGGGAGAUGGUGGAGCCAGCAAGAGUCAGUGGGAAACAGAUUGUGAUUCUUGUCCUACGUGUAGCUUCCAUGAACACAUGGAAGAAGACCUUCUGAGCAACCAAAGCUGCCAGGACCAGGAGGGGCUGACAGGAGAGGCUGCUAGUAGCAUUGACUUGCUCAAAAGAAGAUUCCUCGAGAGCGGAGGUCAUCAUGUCGAGCAAGAGACAAAUCAUUUCAGAGACUCCCUUGCACUGCAUAUAAGGAUAUUUUGCUGUCAACUAGAAGAGCUCAUUUGUUGGCUGCACAAAGUAGCAGAAGUUACAGACAACUGGAUUCCUCCCAAGCCAGAGGUUGGAAGUGUCAAGGCAGCAUUACAAAACUACCUGGAAUUCAAAAAGGAUUUAGCUGACCACCAGACACUGACUGAAAAUGUCUUGCAAGAUGGAGAUAGGCUUCUCAAAUGCAUGGUAUCAGAUUCACCAGUUUUACAGAACACUCUUGGCUUGAUUGCCAAACAAUCUGACAGGCUUGAAAGCCAUGCUGAACGCUUGUAUGAGACUCUUCUAGCAGCCAUGGACACUCUUGGCGAUGGCUUGAUAAAGCAUUGUGAUGCUCAGCAAACGGCUGCCCAGGCAGAGUCGUCAAGGUGGGUAAGCGGAAGAGAAGGUGUGAGGGUGGACGUUAAUGAAUGUGUUCUUGUGUGCUGGCAAGUGAGGAAGCAGGCAGAGCUUUCACCAAGCUUGCCUGGCUCAAAGGGCUUUGGAAGUUCCUUAAAUAGUAAACUUGCACCCCCUCAUGAAUUGACGCUCAUCUUGAGCUUUUCAUAAACCCCUCGAAAUUCCGGCAACUUAGGCAGAUGCACCCAGCUUUCCUGGGGUGGAUAUAAGGGUAUAAACGCUUUAAGAAAAUGUCCUCAAGGUUAUAAUGAAUUAAGGUGGAAGGGUCUGCAGGAGGAGCCCGGGAUAUUUUGCCGCUGUAGGAAAAAGUUCCUCCCCCCCCCCCACUAGGCCCCCUAUCUGCCCCCACUGUCAUGCCUGCAGGUUGUCCUUCGGUUCUUAUGACCAGGAAAGGCUCCUUCCUGCCGGCUGGUCUCAACUGAGCUGGAUGAGCCCAAUGAUCUGAUUCUGUGCAAAGCAGUUUCCUCUGCUCCUAAUGGGAAAUUUGGAAUCAAGGUCUAGCCCUUUUAUUCUUUUUGUCCCUGCUCUUUGUGGUUAGAGUGGCUUCAUUAAAUAAGGGACAGGGCUUCUGCGCUGUUAAUAGCUGCCAAGAAGAGUGAAUUUGCGUGACAAGCUGCAUCUCUUGAAACUACCUCUUCUACACAACUAUUAAAAGUUCAGGAGCCUUUGUUCUUUUUCAACCUGCCAUCUUUAGGUGAAUCAUUAAGGCUGCAAUCCUAUACCCAGUUUCCUUGGAGUAAGCACCAAUGAAUUUAGUGGGACGUACUUUGAUCAGACAUGAUACAGAACGGCACUGUAAAAGAGUUCAGCUGCCUCUGUGCUAAAAGGGUGUGAGGAUCCUAUCCUUCAAACCAGGGUAAGCUUCCAGAGUCACUAAUAAUAAAAUGCAGAAGACAAUUGGGAAAUCAAGCCUGCAUUGUCUGAAUGGCACCUUCCUGGCCAUUGGCUUUUGAAAAGAUUUAUUACAGGUUGAAAGUGGCAGUAUUAACAGUGGCCUUCUAGAAAUGUAGAGCUUAGGUUGAAGUUUAUCUGUACCUGUACACUUAAGUUAAAGUGAACCGCCAUGUAACUUAAGAGGGCUACUUUGCAGUGGGAUACAGAACUGAGGCAUCUUCAUCUUCAUCAUUUAUUCCCCACCCAUCUGCCAGUUUCCCAGCUGCUCUGGGUUUCUCCAGCCACUUUCUGUCCUGAGGAACUUUUGCUUGUGAAUACAAGCAUACUACCCCCCCCCCCAAUAUGUUUAAAGUUAUUUAAAUCCCAUAGAGCAAAUGAAUGCUUGGUACCAUGGGCAAUUUUCAGUGUGUAGUCUAAAGGCAUUUGAUGUAGCAACCUUGCUGAAAUGAAGCAGGUCUGCUCAUCCUAAGGGUAUUUAGUUUGAAUUCCACAAUGAAAAAAAGACAGGAUGCAUUUGUAAACUUGCAGAUUAUUUUAUUUCAGAUAAUGCCUUUCUGGAAUUUCACAGGCCUUCUUUCCCUGAAUGAAAGAGCUGCUUCAAUACGGAGUUCGAGGAAAUAUUAAAGUGCUCUCGACAGUGUGCUUGAAGCCUAGAAGCUAUAUGACCUCUUGCAGCAUCACCAAGCUUUGUUUCAAAGUUCAGGUAUUACAGCAACUGGCUCCAUCUCUGGUGCCAGUUGGGAGUAUGGAGGAUACGGCGUCCACAGAUGUUGGUGUGGUCAUUGACUUAAUGAUGAACCGCCUCUAAUGUUGGAUGCCCUUUUUAUUUUAUCGUCGUUCAAGCGAACAGUUAGAAGUCUUCAGUGCCUGGUCCUCUAAUGUACUUUGGUUUUCCUUUGAAAUAUGGUUCGUUUGUUUACAUGUAAUUUCUAUGGAAGACGACAUUUCAAAUAAAACAAUUUUAUCGCCAUAUAUAUUAAAGCACUAGCAAUGUGUGAUUUCAGUACACCUGCCAUAUCAGUCACAGCGCUAAAGGAACAGCACCAAGGCUGGUGUGUUCUUUGGUUAAUCAUUGGUAGAGGUUUUCUAGCGACUGCUGUUUAAGAGCUGCUGUUUUUCUUUGGAGUACAGAGAACUUAUCCUUAUAGCUCUUUUGAAGAAUUGCUGUGCGGUUUGCUAAUGGCCCCUUUACAAGAGGAAUGGGACUGUGCAGGCCUCUGCUGCCUCCCAGUAGGGACGUAACGAACGGGACAUAUUUGCUUCUAUUUUCAGCUAAAGUAUAGUUAAGCCUAAGCAGGGAGGUGCAGUUUUGCCAAACUCUGGAUUAUGCUUUGCAGCUUUAAAAUACAGUGGUACCUCUACUUACGAAUAACUCUACUUACGAAUGUUUCUACUUAGGAAUGGAGCUCCGUCCGCCAUCUUGGAUGCGGUUUAGAUAGGAUUUUUUCUACUUACGAAUUUUUUCUCCCAAUGCA